AUGCCUCGGCUCACCAGAGGCAGCCAAAAGGCAACCGUCAAGCGCGAAGCAAAAGAAGAAGACGAAGACGUCAAGGACAUGGACUCCAAGCCAGCAAAGCCCAUCGCCAGAACCGCAGCAAAGCGAAAAGCAGCAGAUUCACAACAAGAUGCCGAGGAACCUCUUGAGCAGCAGAAGAACAAGAAGCAGCGCAAGACGAAAGCACAGAUCAAAGCAGAAGAAGAAGCCAUGGUCCUGGCAGAACGAACAGCCGUGUCUUCCCUGACGAGGGCAAUGUACAUUGGCGCCCACGUCAGUGCCGCAGGAGGCGUCCAGAACUCCGUGACCAACGCCGUCCACAUUGGCGCAAACUCCUUCGCCCUGUUCCUCAAGUCCCAGCGCAAAUGGGCCAACCCUCCCCUGACGCCCGAGUCCCAAGCCGGCUUCGUCUCGCAGUGCAAACAGCACCACUACCAUGCCAACGAGCACGUCCUCCCGCACGGGUCAUACCUGGUGAACCUGGCGCAGGCCGACGCGGAGAAGGCCAAGCAGGCAUACGACAGCUUCGUCGACGACCUCGCGCGGUGCGAGCAGCUGGGCAUCAGGCUGUACAACUUCCACCCGGGAUCCACGGGGGGCGACACCAAGGCCGCGGCGAUUGGGAGGAUCGCCGCGCAGCUCAACAAGGCGCACAAGGCCACCAAGACGGUCGUCACGGUGCUGGAGAACAUGGCGGGCAGCGGCAACGUCGUGGGGUCCACGUGGCAGGAUCUGAGGGACAUUAUCGCUCUUGUGGAGGACAAGGCGCGGGUGGGCGUGUGCAUCGAUACGUGCCAUGCUUUCGCCGCCGGCUACGACCUGCGGAGUCCCGAGGCGUUCAAGGAGACGAUGGAUUCGUUCAACGACAUUGUCGGCGCAAAGUAUCUCAAAGCCUUCCACCUAAACGACAGCAAAGCCCCCCUCAACUCCAACAGAGACCUCCACGCCAACAUCGGCACCGGCUUCCUCGGCCUGCGCGCCUUUCACAACGUAAUGAACCACCCGGAUUUCCAGCACAAGCCCAUGGUCCUCGAGACGCCCAUCGAGCGGAAGACGCCCGACGGCAAGACGGUCGAGGACAAGCAGGUCUGGGCCGACGAGAUCAAGCUCCUCGAGAGCCUCGUCGGCAUGGACCCCGACACCAAGGAGUUUGCGAGGCUCGAGGCGGAGCUGCAGGAUAAGGGCGCGGAAGAGAGGCGUAGGAUCCAGGAGCAGGUUGACAAGAAGGCGACUAAGGGGGUGAAGAAGAAGAGGGGUUCCAAGGUGAAGAAGGAGGAGACGAGCGAUGAGGAGAGCGGGUAG